AAUAGAUGGCAGUUGCAAAUAGGGAAAAGGAGAGAGAAGAAAAAGAGUUUUGGAGUUUGGGAUUGAUUGAGAAAUUGAGAAGGAGAGACAUGUGUUUGGAUUGUGGAAUGAUUGGUGAUUGGAAUCAUUGAAUGCGAUAUUGAUUUGAGUUUGAUUUAGCAAUGAAGGAAGAGGAAGGUGAUCGGAACACAGAGAAAGCUCAAGAUAUCACGCUUUGGGGAGUUUUCCUCUUCGGUGUGAUUGGCGCCACAAUCACUACCUUCGCCCUGUCCAGGUCGCAGUCAUCGUGGAAAGGAGGUAGUGGCAGUUCUUUCCGAUCAGAAGAAGCAUGGAAGAGGUACACUAAGCGAUUUAAUGAGGAGUACGAGGAAGAGUUGGAGAGAGUGGAACGAAUAAGGCGAAUGCAAAGUGUGUUUAACAGAGAAAGGAAUAAGAAUAAAAGGAGCUACGAGAGUUGGAGGGAAAAUGGUCAUGGUGCAUAUCAUCAGCAUUUUCAGAGAGAUGAUUGGUAUUGGAAGGCUGAAGCAUCCUUCCGAAACCAGCGGACCAAUUAUCGAGACACUCCAAGAGAAAGCGGAAACUAUUCAUUAUCACAUCACUACUCUGUUUUGGGUCUUGACAGGUUUAGAACAACACCUUAUACAGAUGCUGAGAUUAAGACAGCAUUUAGGACAAAGGCAAAGCAGUAUCAUCCUGACCAGAACCUGGAUAAUAGAGUGGCUGCUGAGGCUAAAUUCAAAGAAGUAAUGUGUUCAUACGAGGCCAUACAACAGGAAAGAAAGAACCCGAAUCUGUAAUUGCCUAACUCUGCCCGACAAUACUGGGACCUUGAAGGAUGUGAGGUAUUCAAAAUAAUCAUCACAGUUCCUCAUAACUUCAUAAAAUUAUCAUCCAGCUAAAAUAUGAUUCUGCUGCCUGUAAAUUUUGGGUAAUUGUUACAUAAUAGGGGUGUUUUGUUAUUAGGCUUUUAUCCUUCAAUGCAUUGAAUUUUUUAUUUUUGGAAAUUCGUAGAACUGAUUCAUAUUUAAUUAAAUAGCAUUCCAACCUGCUUGCCGAAAAAAAAAAAAAUAUAGCAUUCCAACC